AUGAAUGUCGCUGAAAACGUUUCCCCCGCGAUUAAGAAGGACUAUCCCAGCUUUGCUUGGACCGUCCGUCAGAGUGACGAGAAUCUCACUUGCGUAUUUGAGAAGCCUGAUGGCAGUUUCAAUAAUAACGGUAGCGUUCUCUUCUACUACGGCUGCGACCUCCGAUCUGAUGCCCUGGCCCCCGUGUAUGAUGAAUCCAUCUCCCACGGCCGACCGGUAUGCUGGUGGCUCGUCGUCGUCGUCGGCGAGGCGCCGCUCCUCAAGAACGUCAUGAACAAGCACGGCGUGGAAUUGGUGCAUUCGCCGUUCAUAGCACGAUAG